AUGCCCCUUGAUAAUCUCACCAGCGGCGUGACCGGUGUGACCGGACAAGUUCCUGUUGACAAAGUCCAAUCAACAACAAGCGGCGUCAAGAAGACCACCUCAAAAGCACCUAAAAAGCUAAACAAAACAACAAAGGACCUGACCGACCCUGUCCUUCCAGGUCAAUUUCCUUCAGACGAUGCUCCCCCAAAAGGCCAGGACGUCGACAACAACCUCUCAUUCUCAUCGAUAUGGUCCACCAUCAAAGCAUGGUUCGCUACACUAUUCCCUCAAGUCUUUGAUUAUUUCGAGUCCUGCAUUCAGAGACUUGUUGCCUGGUUACUCCCUCCGCCCCGUCAAGCGGCGUUGUAUGAAGCUGCUUUGAAGCGCCCUGCUGCAUCAACCUUGAUCGUUUGUCAAAUGAUUUGCUGUGGAGUUCCUCUACUGGUAUUCUUGGCUGGUGUGUUUGUCUUUGCUGCGGUGGCAAUACUCCUCUGGGCUAUUCUGUCGUUGCUUAUCCUUGGUCCGGUGUUGUUGGUCACGAGCAUGAUGGGCAUGUCUCUCUGGGGAUGGGGUUGGAUUCUUUAUGGGUUGGUUAAGUGGGCUGAUCAGAAGUUCUUGGGUGGUCUAAUUGCGCGCUAUUGGCUUCCUCAGACGCAGUCGGAGUCGGCUGGUGGAGAGGGUCAGCCCGAGGAGGAGGGAAAGGAGAAAAAGGGCGAGGGAAAGGAUGAGUAA